AUGUUCAUCUUAAUGUUUGUUGAUCUUGCAGCAUGUUUGGAUAUUUGUACUUUAAUUUUCUUUUCCUUGCUUCAUGCCAAACUUUCCGAUCAGACAUCAUUAAUAACCGAAAAACGACAAUCAUGGUGGCACGAUAUGGACGAGAGAAAAGUUUCACCAGUGAACGAGACGAGUCGUGAAUACAUUGAUUCAGAUCCGGCGGACGGUGGCAAGCAAACUGCUGCAACUUUCACCAACAAGGUCAUUGCUUAA